AUGGUUUUAGAAUGCGACAGUGAACUUUCAUUUUUCUUCCCUUUUGGACCCACCGUUGCCCUUGUAUUCCAUUUGAGUGUACUACCACGUUGCUCAAACAUUUCACUAACCGACUGUAAAGGUUUGCACGGUAAAUUGUUGUUCGUUCUAUUAUAUCUGAUGUUAGAGAUAUCUUCCCCUUUUCAUUCCGAAGUUGAACUCAAGGGAAGACGUAGCGGUGUACCGGAAAUGGCCGUCACAUCAAAGGCUAAGAAGGAGGAGGCGGAGCUACGCAAAAUUGCCAAGCAGGCGCGCACGGCUCGUAAAGAGGUUGCUGCAAAGGAGCGGCGGCUGAAGCUGAAGGGGAAGAAGAGGCAACAGACGGAUGGUACUGACAGAGAGAACAUUUCAUCCAAGCCGGUUACUGGUGGCCACUCAGUGAAACGUCAGGGUGCCAUUAUUCUCCCAGAGGAGGCUGCAGAAGUCCGGCAGCGUUUGCUCAGUGACACACGGAUUGAGAGUGGCGCCGCGGCCCCAGAGAACGGCGGGGCGAAGCGGGACACUGCUAUCACCUCUAGCCAACUUUCUAAUGCCGCCGCCGUAAGUCGGCAGAAGCCGUUGCUAUCUUCUUCAUCCCGCGUGGAGGAGCCAGCACAUAGCGUGGAGGUGCAUCACAAAAGAAAGCAGUUUCUUGUGGGUGUAGCCCUUCAUCACGUGCCACCGCAGCAUAUUGACGUGAGUGGGACGACCGCUACGGCCCUUGUUGUGGACACCUGUAAGCACACCAAGAAGUAUCGUCUUGUGCUUCCCAUGCCAGAGGGAAUAUGCGUAGACCCGGCGCAGGCAGAGUAUGAGUUUGAUUGUGGUGUCCUUCGGUGCGUUCUCCCUAUUGUUGGUGAAAUACCAUCAUCUCUUCGACAGGAGCGGGAUGCGAUGUUGGAGUCCAUACAAAAGCAAAAGACACUACGGUUUCGUAUGGGUGAAGAUGGAGAACUGAAGGUACGGAGCAGGAGAGCGUUGCUUGGCAACGGUGAGCUAAAGGAUGCGGAUGGGGAUGACAAGAGACGAAAGAUUGAUGAGAAUAAUGCCCUUCGAGUCUCUGGUGGAAAAAAGCGAGAAGUCCGACAACAAGCAGAGGACGUGGAAGAUGACGGAGCCGAUGAGACAGCUGGAGAGAAGGGGAAGGCGGAGGGCGCACGCAAUAGGGAGGGGAGGUGUACAAAGAGGGCACGUGAAGUAGUUGAGACCAGUCCUCUGCAGAAGGCUGGUAAGUUGCAGCAGCAGCGGCCAUCGCAGCGGGAAGAGCAAAUCAGUAACAAUAACAUCGUGAAGAAGAAGCGGAAGGGACCUGACAGUGCUCUUGAAGAGGAGCAGAAGAAGGCUCUCGAGCUGGCAAAAGCAGCGGGAAGGGCCGCCAAAGCAACGCUGAGAGAGCGCGUUGCGCAAGCCAAAGCAACACAACAGCGGAUGCUUCAACGGAUGGUAAACCGCCAAAACCGACGGGAAACACAAUCAAAGAAGACACGGGACUCUUUUGCCCGCGUACUUGAGGAGCAAAAGCGCCAGUUGAUUGCACGAGCUGAGAGAACUGCUGUCGCGACUGCGGUGGCAGCUGGCGGGAAGUCGGAUGGAAGGUGUGGUGCAAAGGGAAGGCAAAGUGGUGGAAAGCGAGUAACCUUCGCUGAAUCAAAGGGGUCUGCUGAGGAGUAG